AUGUCUGACUCUGCCCAAGACUCCAAAGCUGGCCCCAACGGCGUUAACCACCCCAAGCCCGUGGCAGCUACCAAAAAAUCCAAAUUGUCAGGUACCGGUGAGUUCAUUGUGAGAGAAUAUGGCACUCCUCUACAAACCAGAGUAGCCUCUCCAUGCACAUUGAACCCACCAAUUGAUAGUGACGGAUUGUCAUGGCCCCUGCAAGGUGCAAGAGCUAGAAUUGAACUGACUCCCGAAGAGGCUAAGGCCCGUGAGCUCAGAAUUGCUGGUGCCGUCAAGACCAUUCUCACUGAACUUGGUGAAGAUGUCGACAGAGAAGGUCUUUUGGAGACACCAGAACGUUACGCUAGAGCCAUGUUGUAUUUUACCAAGGGCUAUGAGGACAAUAUCCGUGAUGUGAUCAAGCGGGCCGUUUUCGAGGAAGAUCAUGACGAAAUGGUGAUCGUGAGAGAUAUUGAGAUUUACUCAUUAUGUGAACACCACUUGGUGCCAUUUUUCGGUAAAGCACAUAUAGCAUACAUCCCCAACAAGCGUGUGGUGGGACUUUCCAAGCUUGCACGGUUGGCUGAGAUGUAUGCCCGCCGUUUCCAGGUCCAAGAGAGAUUGACUAAGCAGAUUGCCAUGGCACUCAGUGAGAUCCUCAAGCCUAGAGGAGUGGCUGUGGUGAUUGAAGCCACCCACAUGUGCAUGGUAAGCAGAGGCGUGCAAAAGACAGGGUCUUCCACCACGACCAGCUGUAUGUUGGGAUGCUUCCGUGUGCAACAGAAGACACGGGAUGAAUUCUUGACGCUCUUGGGCAGGCGUUAG